GUACCUUAGAGAUUAACAGUUCCUUUCAACAAUUUUUCAGUUGUCCUACUAAACGUAUAUUGACUCGGGGUAAUAAAGGGAAACGUGUAGCUGAGUUAUACAGAAGGAUCAGCUGAACGAGAAGUUGACAUUACUUAAGUCUGCAAUAGCUUUCUCAAGUAUUUACUGUUCCUUUUCAGAUAUUUACUGUUCCUUCUCAGGUAUUUAUGUCCCUGAAUGUUUGUAGUCACCAUGAAUGCAGGAGUCUGAAGGCCAGAACGAUUUCUCUAGGACAGUCUUGAUCAGAUUCUGUUAUGUCAGGAUUGAGGAUAUUCCUCAUUUAUGUAAAAUCAGGAAGUAGGAUUGCCAGAUUAGUCUGGCUCAGGGUGAUUUAGAAUGGUGCAAUGAUUUUGUAUCAUUUAUGGUGAAUUCUUGAAUGCUUCCUUGAAUUGUUACUGUUUUAUAUGCAUAAUUCAUUUUUCAGUGAGAAUUUCUGCAUGGUAUUUUAAAGGCUGGAUAUAUUUUCUUAAAACAGUACUACAUAGAUGGAUUUUACCUCUCUGUAGGAACAGGUACGAAAGGUAAAAGCCCAGAGGUCUGAAAAGGCGUUUUUUUUGGAGAACCCUAAUCAGGUGCAGAGAAGCAGUGAUUCUCCCUGCCCUGUGCAAGAGCUGUUUGGAGGGGAAGAGGUGAUGACUUAAUUUGCAUAGAGGUACACUCCAGCUGAAGUGUUUGUGGCUGGUUUGAAGAGUGUUUCCAGUCAGCUAGACCCAUGUGGCCAGCUGGAGAUUUGAAGCAUCUCAAAUUGAGCCCAGUAGUGUCUGUGCAGGCAUCAAAGAACUUUCCAAACUUUACAUACUUACAGAAAAUCUUACAUUAUCCCCACUCUGUGUGUAGAGACAUUGAGGACAGAUGGGGUGCAGAGCAUGGAGAAUGAUGAACUUCCGCCAGAGGAUGGGCUGGAUUGGCGUGGGGCUGUACUUGUUAGCAAGUGCUGCGGCUUUUUAUUACGUCUUUGAAAUCAAUGAGACUUACAACAAACUAGCACUGGAGCACAUUCAGCAACACCCCAAGGAACCACAGGAAGGAACCACAUGGACACACUCCUUAAAAGUACGACUGCUAUCCCUGCCGUUUUGGCUGUGGACAAUAAUAUUUUUAAUACCGUACUUACAGAUGUUCUUGUUCCUCUAUUCCUGUACAAGAGCUGACCCCAAAACUGUUGGGUAUUGCAUCAUUCCUAUCUGCUUGGCUGUUAUUUGCAAUCGUCACCAAACAUUUGUGAAGGCCUCUAAUCAGAUCAGUAGAUUACAACUAAUUGACACUUAGCUCAACUGCUAGUUUCUGUUGCUGAUUUGAAGCAAUUGCAUAUGCUUGAUCUAAUCACAAGACUGAAGUUCUGAGUGAAGGCCGGAAAGAGCCUUUUCUUUAAACUGAUAAGCAAUGAAGAGAAUGACUGUUUACUAUUUAAAACAAACAAGUAACUGCAAAGGUUUUUAAUUAUGGAUCUAUCCAGUGGCCAGAGUGGGAGAGACCUGUGUGACACGUGAUGGAAGUAUUCUUCAUUUUGCCUUAAUGAUGCAAAAUUGCAGCUCUCCAUCUGAAAUGUCCUGUGGGGAAACAAGUUUCUGGUCUACAACUUACUCCUCUGUGCAAAAAAGUGAUUUCCUAUGUUUUCCCUUGGAGUGAAAUUAAUGAAAAGAUACUUCUUUUGUGGUAAAUGUAAAAGGAAAAAAGAAAUUAAGAACAUGAUUAUAAAAGCUGCACUUAACACAAUUCUUUGCUUUUUCUUUUUUUUUUUUUUUAUUAUCUACAUCAGUGCUGUUUUAAAUGAAUUUUUAAAAAAUAAGUUUAGAUACAAAAACAGGAAGCAAAGAAUAAAGUCUGUGCAAACCUUUAAAGGGAAAAACUACAUUUUUCUCUGUGGUAGCCUAUUUUCAGUCACAGCAGUCCCACACUGUAAUAGGCAGGCAGUGAGGAGUGGCAUAGGCCUGGACCUUGAUGUAUGAAACAGUUCCUAUGACAUCAAAAGCAGCCUCUGCUGGCAUUGGCCUGUAGUCUGCACAGAAAUUCUUUUGUGUUUCCUUCGCCUGUCAUCUCGCUUGUAAAAUUAUAAGUUACUGAAAUUUAUGACCAUUCUAAUUUCACUCCUGACAUCAUGAAAAACUGUGUUCCAAGAGAACUGAUAUAUUAGGAAAAACUUUGAAUUUGGGAAAGUUAACUGUUUGGGGGAUGCUAUUAACAGGUUGUAAGACAGAUAAUCAUGUUUCUUCCAGAAAUUCAAAGUAGUAAGGUACCUUCUUCUCAUUCUUGUAAUGAAUGUACAUUUCUUCAGUCAUACUGAAAUUCCAUUGAGAUUUCUUUGCCAUAGUUUCAACCUCUAUUUUUCAGUGCUAUUUUGGAACAGCAUAUUUUGAAUAAGACUGAAUCUUCUCUUUCUUUCUGUCCAUUUCUGUUUCUUCUGAGAAUAACUAAAUUUUUGUCCCAGCCAUGAUGAAAAUAACAAAUAUGAAAACAGUGCAAAAUACACUUCUCAGAAGCAGUAGGCUCAAAAGAAUUAUGAGCUAAACUCCUUGACUAUAACUUCAACUGUAUAUGAUUGUCCAUACCCAGUCAUCACAAAUGCUAAUCUAUUUGCGACUGCUUUAAGGGAAUCCUGGGGAGUGUUGUCUUUCUCUUGCUUUGGAAAGAGAACACUAUUUUCACUGUUGCUGUGUUUCAGCAUGGCAGUUCCAACACCUUAAACUUUCUGUUUGCACUUGGAGAUACUUUGAGACACUGGUUUCAAUUGUCAGCAUUGGUGCUAGGACCUGAAAACAAUGUAGCCUUUGCAAGAAGGGUUUGAAUUCUAAGUGCAAUAUGAAAAGGAGGAAGUUGCCAUCUUAAGUGUGCUGGAGUAAGACUAAAUUAUAAACUCUGACGAGUAGUUAGUAUCUUGGGGAGUCAGAGCUUUUAAGUUGUGUUGUUUCUCAACUUUUAAAAUCACCAUGCUAUUUAUCUAUAAAAUAAAAACUUUUCAAUGUUUCUAAACACAAGCCUAUUAAUGCAGAUACUUAUCAAUAGCUUUUCAUUUUUGUUUGUUUUUGCUUUAGUGGGGUAUUUUUGCAUGUUUGGUGCCAGACAGCAGUGCUGCCCGUCAGUUACUGUAGCCUGUGCUCAUGUCCUUCCCUCAGUGUGCACGUCCAGUUUAUCUUUUGUUGUCCCCUUAUAGUCCGUGCCCUAAUUACUUCUUUGUAGCCUGAAAUUUUGGGGCUUGCUGGAUGAAACUGAAUCCCCUUGUUUCUUUGCUUUUGUGUGAGAGAGAUACCUCUGGCUGGACUGUUUUUAACUUGACGCUGUAGUUUUAAACUGAACAGUUACAUUGUAUGCAGAUGGAAUUAUUUAAAGAGCCAAGCGCAUAAGAGGAAGCAUCAAAAAUAGAAAAUGAUAGGAAGAACUACCUAAUUUUCUGUCAUAUAAGCAUGUGACCCUUAGCAAAUUCACUAGCAGGCCUGGUGGGAUGACCCAAGCUGUCUGGAUGUGGAGCGUGUGCUGGGCACGGCGGGGACUUGCAGAACGGAGGCAUGUGUUCCUAGACUCUUCCAUCAGAAGCCUAGUUUUGGAUUCCAGCUGUUGACAGGCAUGUGCUUUGCAACUAGCUACAGAAAAACACACAGUCUAAUUCAAGCAAAUGCUACGUGUAAGGAUUUGAGCUUGAAGUGGAAAGCAGCACUGGAGAACUAUUAACAUAGUGUAUACAAAUAUUAAGAAGUGGGAGUAGGAGAAGAGCUAAGUUAGCUCUGCUGGUGCUUCCAGCAUUUUUGACACCAGGGGAACAUCAACAGGUGGAAUCUUACCGAUAGGGUAAAUAAAGGAAAGACUAUUAAAAUUAAUGAUAAAUUGGUUUUUACUGUAGUAUUAAAAAAAAAACAAACAACAACAACAAAAAAAAAAAGUAGUGAAAUAGCUUUCAGCUUAUUAUUCUGAAAAUUUAUAGGUAUUGUCAAGGCUGAUUACCUGAGUCACCAAAGAGCUGUCUGUAACAGAAAAUGACACCAUCUACAAACUUUUGGGAUACUCAAGCUUGAAGUUUUGCAACGUUCUGAGCUUUAAUGUUCUGCCAACACAGAGAAUAGCUGUAAUGCAAGGGUGAUUAAUGAUCAUCUGUAUGCCACUUACCCUGGAUUUCUUUUUAUUCAUUUGUGUCACAAGAUAAAGCAUUGUCAGACUGCUUGAA